GCAGCCUGUGUUCGGUCCGUCGGUUCUCCCGGUUUCCUCCGGUGUUUCCUCCGGUGUUUCCUCCGCCGUCCGGGCUCCUUUAAGCUCGGGCUCCCGCCGGUGAACCGCCUCCUCUGCGCCCUCCAGCGGCAGCAGCAGCAGCCGCCGCGGAGCGUCACAGCUCCGGUGUCCGUCCCCUCCGCCGCACAGAAGUUGUCUCCUCCCGGUAAACGGCGGCCAGUCGGUGGGACUGAGAGCUCGUGUUGGUCCCGGAGCCAUGAGGCGGAAGGAGAAGCGGCUGCUGCAGCUGGCCGGGCUGCUCAUCGCGGCUCUGCUCUUCCUGCCCAACGUCGGUCUGUGGUCCCUGUACCGGGACCGGGUCUUCGACAACUCGCCGGACGCCGCGGACGCUCCGGACGGCAUCCCCCCGGUGCAGGGGUUCAACCGGAUCGGAAAAGACGCUCCAGUUGGACGAGACGGCAUCCGGAGGAAAGACUGGCACGAUUAUGAGGCGAUCAAAAGAGAUGCUUCUCGAUCCGGUAACGGUGAACAGGGGAAGCCGUUUCCUCUGACCGACGCUGACCGGGUGGAUCAGGCCUACAGAGAAAACGGAUUCAACAUCUACGUCAGCGACCGGAUCUCUCUGAACCGAUCCGUCCCUGAUAUCCGCCACCCAAACUGUAAACAGAAGUUGUACUCGGAGAAGCUUCCCAACACCAGCAUCAUCAUCCCGUUCCACAACGAGGGCUGGUCGUCGCUGCUCCGGACCGUCCACAGCAUCCUGAACCGCUCGCCUCCACAGCUCAUCGCCGAGGUCAUCCUGGUGGACGACUUCAGCGACAAAGAACACCUGAAGGCGGCGCUGGAGGAGUACAUGGUCCGGCUGCCGAAGGUUCGCAUCCUGAGGACCAAGAAGAGGGAAGGUCUGAUCAGGACUCGCCUGCUGGGAGCUGCUGCUGCUAAAGGAGAAGUCAUCACCUUCCUGGACUCCCACUGUGAAGCUAACGUCAACUGGCUGCCUCCACUGCUGGACCGAAUCGCCCAGAACAGGAAGACCAUCGUGUGUCCGAUGAUCGACGUCAUCGACCACGACAACUUCGGCUACGAGACGCAGGCGGGCGACGCCAUGCGAGGGGCGUUCGACUGGGAGAUGUACUACAAACGGAUCCCCAUCCCCACCGAGCUGCAGAAGGGCGACUCCAGCGAACCCUUCGAGUCUCCAGUGAUGGCUGGUGGACUGUUUGCCGUGGACAGGAAGUGGUUCUGGGAGCUGGGAGGAUACGACACGGGUCUGGAGAUCUGGGGAGGAGAGCAGUACGAGAUCUCCUUCAAGGUGUGGAUGUGCGGCGGUCGGAUGGAGGACAUCCCCUGCUCCAGAGUCGGACACAUCUACAGGAAGUACGUCCCUUAUAAAGUUCCUGGUGGAGUCAGCCUGGCCAGGAACCUGAAGCGCGUUGCAGAGGUUUGGAUGGACGAAUACGCCGAGUACGUCUACCAGCGUCGGCCCGAGUACCGCCACCUGUCGGCCGGAGACAUGACGGUCCAGAAGGAACUGAGGAACCGACUCAACUGCAAGAGCUUCAAGUGGUUCAUGAGCGAGGUGGCCUGGGAUCUGCCCAAACACUACCCACCGGUGGAACCUCCGGCUGCUGCCUGGGGAGAGAUCCGUAACGCCGGCAGCGGCAUGUGCAUGGAGAGCAAACACUUCGUAUCCGGGAGUCCGAUUCGCCUGGAGAGCUGCACGAAGGGAAGAGGAGAGGUGAGCUGGAGCCACGGACAGGUUUUCACGUUCGGCUGGAGAGAAGACGUCCGGGUGGGCGACCCCAUGCACACCAAGAAGGUUUGCUUCGAUGCCGUUUCCCACAGCAGCCCGGUGACGCUGUACGACUGCCACGGCAUGAGAGGAAACCAGCUGUGGCGCUACAGGAAGGUAGGGACAAGUUGGCUUAAUUUGCAUUUUUUUAAUCUCGUUCAGCGCACAAACAACAAAGCUGUUGAUGUGGAUGACGUGUCGUUCUCUGCCUUCGUCCUGCAGGAUAAGAGCUUGUACCAUCCGGUCAGUAACAGCUGCAUCGACAGCAGCCCCAACGAGCGACGGGUCUUCAUGAACACCUGCGAUCCUUCGUCUCCGAGCCAACAGUGGCUGUUUGAGCGAACCAACGCCACCGUGCUGGACCACUUCAACCGCAGAACCAACUGAGGAUUCGGCCGAGGCCUCUGCAGCAAGGAGGAGAUAAAGACAGACGAGGAUCUGCUGCUGCUGAGAUGGGAGGAGGUCCAGGUUUACUUGGCUCUGAUUAGUGACCUCCUCCUCUGGUUUUUGAUUGUUAAUCCAACAUUCCUCUUCAUUGUCCUUCAUCUGUUUCUCUCCAUCCUUUUCCAUCCGAGCUCCCUGAAGGCUUGAAGGAGUGAAUCCACUCUGAGAACCUUUCCCAACCCUCCCGGUCUGCAGGCACAAGCGAAUGUAGCUGCAGAUCUUCUCUAUUUUUCCCUUUUUUAUUCCUCGACGGAUUCAUCGAUGAGUCAUCCGCAGAUUUGUCACUGUGCCACGUUCUUCUUAGACUCCUCGGAGGCGAGUGUUAUCUAACGACGGUACGGUCAGGCCCAGUGUUUUGUGUCUUUCGAAAUCACAAAAAAUAAAGAAUCUCCGAGACGUUCGCCGGCGUCUCGUUCAGGAAUCCUCGUCUGUGGUCUGGUCUCACCGUCGGGUUUAUCAGCCGCCUCAUCCGGCCUCCCGUCGCUGCUCCCCGGCCUCGUCACGGUCGGCCGGUCGGGGGUCGCGUCACGGCCGGCCGGAUGACUGCCGGAGCCGCCUGAUUGGCCGGCUGCCGAGCUGACACAUCGCUUUAGCGGGAGGAGAGACGAAUGAGGGGGAUUACUGUGGAUAGGCUCGCCGAGGUAGCUCCAGGAUUGAGACGAAUGUGGGCGUUUAAAAUGCAUAAAGCACUUACGGAAUGAUAAACUUGAAUGAAAUCUCAGUGCCUUGUCGGAAAGGAGGGGGGAGCUGCGUGUUUAUAGGGAACAACUCACUGCAAAUCCAUCCUCAGUCUGUGGGAAUCCGGUGCAGGACACUGAAUGCACCGCCGGCUCUGGGACUCCCAUGAGGCUUUUCAAAGCAAAUGCUGGCUGUGAAUAGAGCUAAAGAGAACCUUUGUUUCCACCGUAGUCGCUCCCGCCUUCGAAGGUUUGUUUUAAUCACGAUGCUGUUAUGUUGUUGUUGUUUUUUUCUAAGCAUUCAAUCCAAAGUAAGGGGACAGGGAAGCGCUGUUGCUGUUUACUGAUUGUUUUUGUUGCCAUCCCCCUUUAGAAAUCCUCUUUUUUUGCCUUUUUUGUUUUGGUUCUUUGAUCUUCGCUUUCGAUGUUCCGCUCCGUCGCCUGCACUCCUUCUAUAAUCUGAUUUCUGUGAAGCAGAAAGACGUACGGUUUGGUUCGUUCCGAUCAUCAGAUCCAGGUUUUGUGCACCGGUUCGAGACAAAGAGAAACAAUUUGGACCUUUUUCCAAAUUCCACAUCUGCAAACAUCCAUUUCUCGCUUGUACCAUAAAUAGUUUACACAGAUGUUAAUCCAGCACUGAGGACAGGAAGCACUAAGUGAUGUUAGUUUAUCAGACGAGUCCAAAUACUUAUUCAGUGGUUUGUAGGUUCGAUGUCUGUAAUGUAGACAGAAAAAUCCACCAGCAAAUCACUGUUUUCUGAACUUGGAAACUGUGUUGUGACGUAUCCGAAGCCCCUUUCAGACGUGGGAUGUGACGUAUCAAACAGAACGAUGCACUAAAAAACUGCAUCUAAAUGAUGGACAUCUUCCCAACUUAGCCAGAAAACAAACAGCCUGGUUUAUUUAGGAAUCCCUAAACAUCAAAAAGUAUGCAAAUUCAGUAAAAUACAAAUCUUCCAACAGCUGUAAAGAAGCUCAGGACUCCACCUGGGAUCAUUUAUGAUCACAAUUAAUGAAGCUAUGUUGUUCCACAUGUGUAAAUGCAGCUGGAUCCUGCUGCUGUUUGAUGCUUCAGGUACUUAAUAAACUCCUGCAAACAGCUGGAAGCAACAAGCUAAACUUCAACGCUUGUUAUGUCAGUUAUUGGUGAGCGUGAUUAGUUUUUGAAAUAUCCAUAAAAAUGAACCUGAGACCAACAAUGUCACAUCUAAAGCAGUCAAUGGUAGCGAGCCGUAAUGUUUCAGACCCAGUAUUUGUGUUAAAAAGCUUUUCCCAAAACUAUUUACACAACUUUAUGUGUUAUGAGUUGAGAUGCAAAAUUUUGAUAAUUUGUUUACUGAUAACUGGCGUUGUUAUUGGUGAGUAAAAGAUUAAUUAUGACAUAAAUGUGGCAUACUUUAAGCAAUAGAAACUUCAGCUAAAGUCAACAGACACAUAGCAAGAGUCCUGACAUAUAAGAACAUUGUCCUAGUUGAUUCUGGCUCGUCUAAAACACGGGAUCUAUCAUCAGAGGUUAUUAAUCACCACAGAAGUCUUUGUCGUGGUGCCCGUUCCUCGCUAAACUCUUACAGUCUUUGUUUGCCAUGUCAGGGAUGCAAAUUUGGAAUGCUUUUUUUUUUUUUAUCUUCGAGUCCUAGUUAAUCCCAGAUUCGGUCUGUUUGAAGAUCAUUAAGUAUGAUAGAAAACUUAGUCAUGGUGCCCGUUGCUAGCUAAACUCCCACAGUGCUUACCAAGUUAAUCCCAGCUUGUCUCAAACACAUUAUAUCUGUUCAAAGGUCAUUAAGUGCCACAGAAGUCUUUGUCACGGUGCCCAUUGCCACCUAAACUCCCACAAUGUUCUCUGCUUGCCAACAACAGCUGUCCACAGUUGUCGUUUUUUUUUCCAGCUUGUCUCAAACACAUUAGCUGUGUUUGAAGGUCAUUAAGCGCCACAGAAGUCUUUGUCAUGGUGCCCAUUGCUAGCUAAACUCCCACAGUCUUUGCCAUGUUGGGAUGUAAAUUUGGAAUACUUUUUUUUUAGUCCUAGUUAAUCCCAGAUUAGGUCUGUUUGAGGGUCAUUAAGCAUGACAGAAGAUGUAGUCAUGGUGCCCGUUUCACGCUAAACUCAGACAAUGUUCUCUGCUUGCCAACAAGAACUGUCCACAGUUCGAGUGACUGGUUCCUCUGGUCGCUACAGUUUUAAACAGUAAGAGGCUCCACCUGGUGGAACAACCAGGUACUACAGCUGAUCUACGAUACAUUUUCUGACAUGCACGACCUUCUUUUGCUUCAUCGGUUAAUAUAUCAGUUAAUAUAGUUUUAGGCAGUUCAAUUAUGAACAGCAAAUUAAUCGGUUAAAACCAGGUUACUAGGUCGUCACACUGACAUGUUUAGAUGCCGUCGGAUUAACGGGAAUGUCUGAAAGGGGCUUCAGAUGUUUUAGUAGGAAACUGAAGUUGCAUAUUGUAGUGAAAAAGGCAAUUUGGUGCAACUUUUACCCCCACGUUCUCAUUAAUUCCUUUAAACUGUGAUUUGUCCAAUCAAUAAGACAGUCUCACACUUUAUGUUGUGCAGUUGUACAAUCAGUAGGCACUCGUGGAACAAAACCCCGACUUCUACCCUCCUAACAACAGAGCCUGUAGUUUUACAUUUAGUUUAGGUGCGUCUUUCCUCCUGACCUUGCAGCUUGGGCAUUGUCAGAUUGUUAAGAGGUGACAGGAAAUGCUGCUUCAGAUCGCUGAGUCACUGCUGUAGUCAGGUUAGCGCUACGCGACCCAACAGGACCAAACCCAACCAAACUUAUUUAAGACCUGAUUCCAGACUGGUUUCCUACUUUCCUUCUUUUCUUUGACCUACAAUCACUCCAAAAAAUACAGAUGAAAUCCUGUUUGGAUCCAUAGUGUGAUCUGGCUGUUUGUGUCGCGUUAUUGUGAAGGAUCUUUAAUGUAAACACUGUAUUUGUGGGUUUGUCAAGGGGCGGAUACACGAGGCAACAUUCUGGGGUGAAACUAACCACUGGUUGAAGAGUUAUAUUGUGUUACCUGCAGGAACGUCCACAGUUUAGACGUCUUAGUGGACAUCUUAGCAUCCUGUAGAACAAUGAAUAGUCAGAGGGGUCAGAAUCGAGUAAAUAACUGGCGAAAAGUUAACAAAUCAGGCUAAAAGUUAGUCAAUCAUUUUUUUAUCCACUGGUGUUCAAAGAAAGCGCAUUACACAUUUCUCAUGAUGGUUUGAGUAGAUUUCCAGAGAGAAAUAUAAAGUAAGUAUUUGCUUUGACCACCGUUCAUUGACAAUCACCUGAAAGGUCAAGAGGCUUACUGACGGUGACAAAAAUCGCAAAUUGAUCAUCAUUUUAGCCUUUUUUCAGGACUGAAUUUUGGCUUAACAGCAUGUUUAUCAAAUUGUUUAGCACCUGUAAUCUCCAAAACCCUGUUGACGUUUUGGUAAAUUAUGAAGCAAACAGGCAAAAUCAGCCGGUGAAGAUGGUGGAACAAGAACAACUUCUCAGGUGUUGGAUGGAGACCAAAGCAGAGCUAAAAGCAAUGACUCAAAUUUUUUCCUGAAAUUCCAGAAAGUUGUCCAAAAUUAUUGCAGAUUUGUCCAAAACUGUCUUUAAAAAGACUCAAAUGACUCAAAAUCUGCUCAAAAUUUGCCCAAAAUUACUUAAGAUGUGUAAAAUAAUCAAAAAUGUCCUAAAUGACUUGAAACUUGUGCAAAAUGACUCAAAUUAUGUUGAAAAUUAUUUUUAAAAAAUGUCCAAAAUUACUGAUUUUUCCUGAAAUUACAGAAAGUUGUUCAAAAUUAUUCCAGAACUGUUCAAAACAUCUUUCAAAAAAUUAAAUCUUGUCUUAAAGGACAAAAAGAUUGACUCAAAAUUUGACCAAAUUUACUUAAGAUGUAUAAAAUAAUCAAAAAUGUCCUAAAUGACUGGAAAGUUGUGCAAAAUUACUCAAACUGUGUUGAAAAUGAAAAAAAAAAAAAACAGAUCCAAAACUGUUCUAGAAUUGUCCAUCCCAAAAACUUAAAAUCUGUCUGUUCGUUGACUGUCACCUGAAAGGUUAAAGGGCUUACUGACGGUGACAAACAUCACAAGGUGAUCAGCAUUUUAGCCUAUUUUCAGACCUGAAUUUUGGUUUAACAGCAUAUUUACCAAAUUGUUUAGUCUUUCUAAUCUCCAAAACCCCGAUCAAGCUUUGGUAAAUUAUGAAGCAAAUGGGCAAAAUCAGCCGGUGAAGACGGUGGAACAAGAAAAACUUCUCCGGUGUUGGGUGGAGACCAAAGCAGAGCUAAAAGCAAACAAACAGAGACUUGUUUGCUGAUGGUUUCACAAGCUUGUUUUCCAACUUUCACCCAAGAAGUGGUGAAAAAACCAUCAGUUUGUGCAACUUGAAGUUGCAUUUUUCCAAACUAUGGGCCAUGACUUCUUGAGCCACCUCUUUAGUUUCAGUUAAUCCCCAAGAAACCGCAGUCACUUUAUUCUGAACUGAUUUGAGGAUAAAAUAAAGAAAUAAAACUGUUCUUCAGGGGGAAAAGAAAUCAGUCACUAAAUCAUCUUUUUGGGGACGUUUCCCAGCAUGUUGCCGACGGUAUCCUUGAAUCAUUGUCGAUUAAACUGAAUAAGCUUGUGAAGUAUGUUUUAUUUUUCCUUUCUCUCAUAUCAGAGGACAUUGUACCUUUCUGUUGCACAUGUUAAGUACGUUUUAUGACGUGAAACAGCAGCUUGGGUGGAGUUAAAAACCUCCUGGGUGACGGUUUACAUUUGCUUUAUUCCAGCUUUGGUCCACUGUGGUAAAGAAUUAAAAAAAUGAUAAAAUUCUCCAACUUAAAGCUAAAGUUUAGAAGAAUAUUAUUCCUUUGUUAUACAUAAAUACAUUUUUAAGUGACCCCAUGGUGUUAUGGUCGGACUACAAUCUGCAGAGCAAUGUGACUAAAUCUUAUUUUAUAAGAGCAAAAGGUUUCUACCGUCAGCGUCCAGCGUCGGCCCGUCACACAGCGGUGUGUGAAUUUUGAUGUGUAGGAAAGUGUACAUUUUGUAUCUCAAAAAAAAGAUCCGAUAUUUUUUUCUACUGACAUUGCAACUGUAAAAGUGUAUUUAGGUAUUUAACAAACUGUACAAUUAAACUGGAAUUGUAUGAUAUUUUUGCUGAAAUUGUAAAAUAAAAGGUUUCUAUAUUUGGAGGAAAA